UUGACCAGCUUUUUCUUUUGACCCACAUGUAACCCUCCUUUGUUGCUGGAUUCAAUCCUGAGCAAGGUCCCACACAAAUAUACCAAACAAGCGAUCGUAAAAGUGGUACGCAAAACGGGUCCCUGUAUACGUGUACUUUGUCCUUUUCUUUCAAUCUAAGCUUUGAUCGACCAAUCGCGCGAAGCAGCGCACCGCUUUCCCUUCUCCCGAGUGCUGCGCAUAAUCACGGGAAUGCCAUCGCGUGGUACGUCAUCGCGCUCCCUGUUGCCCUUUCCGUGUUCCUUCUCUGCCUGCUGCCACCCUCUCAGCUCUAUAUGCUGUCGUCCACUUAGAAUGCGCGUCUCACUUCUGUUUCACUUCGGCCCCCCGACUCCCAUGGCGGCGACUCCCCGCAGCUAGUAGUCAGUGGGCACCGGAGUAGUAGUAGUAGUGUAGGGAGAGACGGAGAUUGGAGAAUAACUUACGCGUCAUGGAGGAGAGCGGGGAGGAGAAGCUGAUCGCGGCCGUCCGCCACAUCGCCAAAUCGUUGGGCCGCACCGACACCAUGGCCGACGACAUCCUCCAGGUCUUCUCCGCCUUCGACGGCCGCUUUUCCCUUGACAAGCUCGCCUCCGACCGCUCCGUCCCCGCCCACCCUGCUGCUGCUCCUGCGGCCGCCGGACGAGAGGCGGACGACCCCCGGCCGCCCCUCGAGCGCACUAUCCGCACUCUCGACCGCCAGAUCUCCCGCUUUGUUGCCUCUGAGCGACUCAUUUGGUCCGACGCCGCCGAUGCGACCGCCUUCCUCGAGGCCGUUGAUGACCUCCUUGCCACCAUCCAUGACCUCGACGCCCCCCACGACAAGCCCCUCCUUGACCGUGCCGAAGACCUCCUCCAGCGCUGCAUUCUCCGCCUCGAGGAGGAGCUCCGCGCCAUCCUCCGCCGCCCUGUUGGCUGUGGCCCUGCCGUUGGAACCCCGCCAUCGGACGGCUCCGACUCGGACGCUGCCGAAGGGAGCGAGGACCGCGUCCCCGUCGCCGCCCCCGUCGACGACUAUAACCUCGUCAUCGACGCCCUGCCCUCGGGCUCCGUCGCGGACCUCCACGCCAUUGCCCGCCGCAUGGUCGCCGCCGGGUUCGGCCGCGAGUGCGCCGAAGCCUACGGCGUCUCUCGCCGCGGCUUCGUGGACGCGUCAGUCGCUCGGCUCGGCAUCCGACCCCGUCCGGCCGAGGAGGUCCAGGCGUCCACCUGGAUCGAACUCGAGGACGAGAUCGCCCGCUGGGUCAAGGCCGUCAACAUGGCCUUUCUCAUCCUCGUCCCCAGCGAGCGCCGCCUCUGCGACCGCGUCUUCGCCUCCCUUCCCCCAUUCGCUGACAUCGCAUUCGCCGCCGCCUGCCGCCCAGCAGCAGCCGGGCUCCUCUCGUUCGCCUACGUCGUCGCCGCCGGGCCCCGCGAUCCGGUUCGCCUCUUCCGUUUCAUCGACAUGUACGAGGCCCUCCGGGACCUCCUCCCCGAGCUCGACCAUCUUCUUUCGGAGCAGUGUUCAGCCGCCCUCCGCGCCGACGUCGCCGCCGGCCGCAGGGCCCUGGGGGCAGCUAUCCGGGGGAUAUUCGUUGAGCUCGAGAACCUGAUCCAGCGUGACCCGGCCAAGGCAACCGUCCCGGGCGGCGGCCUACACCCGAUAACCCGGUACGUGAUGAACUACCUGCAGGCGGCGUGCGCCUCCCGGCGGACUCUGGAAGAAGUCAUGGACGAGGGCGCAGCCAUCCCGCCCGACCCCCACCACCCGUCCUCGUCCCCCUCCCUUUCCCUCCAGGUCGCGUGGCUCAUGGACGUCCUCCAUUCCAACCUCGAGAACAAAUCCAAGAUAUACCCGGAGCCGCCGCUGAGCUACAUCUUCCUGAUGAACAACGGCAGGUACAUGACCCAGAAAGCCAGAGACAGCGAGCUGGGGGCUCUUCUGGGGGAAGACUGGAUCCGGCGGCAGAUGGCGAUGGUGCGGCGGUGGGGCAACGCCUACCAGCGGGCCACGUGGACCAAGGUGGUGGCGGUGCUGCGAAUGGACGUCAUCGGCGGCGCGGUCGCCUCGGCCUCGCCCGCGGCCGGGAAGGCGAUGCGGGAGCGCCUCCGGGUGUUCAACACCUACUUGGAGGACAUCUGGACGGUGCAGGCCGGGUGGGUGGUGGCGGACGAGCAGCUGCGGACGGAGCUGAAGCUGGCGGUGGGCGCCCUCGUGCUGCCGGCCUACCGCAACUUCGUGGCGCGGCUGCGCCUGGCCGGGGAGGGUGGCAAGCAGGCGGAGCGGUACUUGAAGUACACCGUCGAGGAAGUGGAGGCCAGGAUCAAUCAGCUGUACGACGGCGGCCGCAGAAGGUGUUAGAAUGAGUUGGGGACGAAGGUGUUACUUGCAGUCGUGGGGUUUGGAAUGGGUUUACGCCCACAAAGAGCACAAUGACAUGUUGUGUGAGCUACACGAAUAACUCGAAGCACACAAGUUUUCCUGGUCAUAA